AUGUCUGCAUCUCAGCCUUCCCACCUCUCUCCGAUAAUCACCCACGCAACCCGCCGUGAUAUUCCAGAGAUUCUCUCAAUGAUCCGACUCCUCGCAGCGUCUUCUACCAACACAUUUCCAAUCUCCGCGACCGAAGCUUCAUUAUCUCAAAAUCUGACCUUUGCAACAACACCCACACCGACUACAUUCUUCACGACCACAGGCUCCGUCACCGUGCCACAAGAGUUCUAUCCAUCUUCUUCGGCAUGUGUUACAAAAGUCAUGCUACUGCGGCACGGGGAAGAAGGGGAGGUGAUUGGAAUGGCAAUCUACUACCCCAACUUCAGCACGUGGCGGUGUGCUGCGGGAAUACAUCUUGAGGAUCUGAUCGUCAAGGCCGAGUAUAGAGGACGGGGUUUUGGAGAGAUGUUGAUACGGGCUUUGGCCGGGCUUGUGUUGGAGAUGGAUGGUGGGAAAGGGAGUGGAAGGUUGGAGUGGGUUUGCGAAAAAGGAAAUGUGAGGGCGUUGCGUCUAUAUCAGGCACUGGGUGCCGAGAGGAUGAAUGGUUGGGUUGGGCUGAGGGUGGAGGGAAAUGAUCUGGUCGGGAUGGCGGAGGGUGGGAAGACGGCCUGA